GUUGCAGACUGAUCACGGCGUCUCUGUCCACCCUUCCUUCUCAGGAGCUCGGGGAGACAGCCCUUCACCUUGCCGUCAGGACCGCAGACCAGACGUCUCUCCAUCUGGUUGAUUUCCUUGUACAGAACUGUGGGAACCUGGAUAAGCAAACAUCCGUGGGGAAUACCGUUCUGCACUACUGCAGCAUGUACGGCAAGCCGGAGUGCCUGAAGCUGCUGCUUAGGAGCAAGCCUACUGUGGACAUUGUUAACCAGAAUGGAGAAACUGCCUUGGAUAUAGCAAAGAGGCUCAAAGCUACCCAGUGUGAAGACCUGGUAAGCAAAACUAAGAUGGGGGAGGAGGGGGGGAGACUUGCUAGUU